AUGGGAUCGACCGCCUUUCGCACACCCCCCGUCGUGAAGUCCGGCGCGACUCCCUUCUUCACGCCCGCCAACAAUGUCGGCGCCGCUCUGCACCCCGACGACCCCAGGACUCCCACGCUCUUCCGCCCGCUGCAAAUCCGUGACCUGAAGCUCAAGAAUCGCAUCAUCGUAUCGCCCAUGUGCAUGUACUCCGCCGACAACGACCCCUCCUCGCCCUCCGUUGGUGCCCCCACGGACUUCCACAUUGCCCACCUGGGCCAUUUCGCCCUCAAAGGCGCGGGGCUGAUCCUCGUCGAAGCCACCGCCGUCCAACCGAACGGUCGCAUCUCCCCGUACGAUGUCGGACUCUGGCAGGGGGUCGACUCGCCACAGUUCCACGGCCUCAAACGCGUCGUGGAAUUCUCCCAUAGCCAGGGCGCUAAGAUCGGGGUGCAAUUGGCGCACGCCGGUCGCAAGGCGAGCACCUCCCCGCCGUGGGUCGCCGCGGCAGCCGGUAAAAUGGCCCUGAAGGCCGACGAAAGUGUGGGCGGGUGGCCGGACAACGUCGUGGGGCCCUCGGGCGGCACCGAACAUGCCUGGAGCACGGAUAGCGAUAUGUACUGGGCUCCUCGCGGGCUCACCACGGAGGAGGUCAAGGAGGUGGUGCGUGCCUUUGCCGACAGCGCUAGGACGGCCGUCCAGGCCGGCGUCGAUGUCAUUGAGAUCCACGGCGCUCAUGGAUACCUCAUCCACCAGUUCCUGAGUCCCGUGACCAACACGCGCUCGGAUGAAUACGGCGGCUCGUUCGAGAAUCGGACUCGUUUGCUCCGGGAGGUAGCCGUCGCCAUCCGUGAGGUCAUUCCCACAGGCAUGCCGCUUUUCUUGCGCCUCAGUGCGACCGAGUGGCUGGAGGAGCAGCCCGUCGCCGCGAAGACCGGGUCGUGGGAUCUGGAGAGCUCGGUUCGUCUGGCGGCGUUGCUGCCCGAGCUGGGUGUGGAUCUGCUGGACGUGAGUUCUGCGGGUAACCACCAGGACCAGAAGAUCAACAUCCACACCAACUACCACAUCGACUUGGCGGCACACCUGCGCAAGGCGAUCCGGGCGGCCGGCGCGUCGACGCUCGUGGGCAGCGUGGGAUUCGUCACCGAGGCUGAGCAGGCGCGGGACAUCGUGCAAGGAGCCGAGGCGCAGGGGACGGAGGAGAUCGUGUCGGGUCCGGAGCCUCGCGCAGACGCCGUUCUGCUGGCGCGACAGUUCCUUCGUGAGCCCGAAUGGGUGAUCAAGACGGCGAAGGCUCUGGGCGUGGAGGUUACCGUGCCAGUGCAGUACGGACGCGCAUUCCGAUAG